AUGAGAAUGGCAAGGAUUCGGAUUCCUAGCACAAUCGUUAUACUUGUUGUUAUGGUACAGACUGGAUUCUUACUCUUCAUGUACGCGCGGUACAGUAACUUCAUGCCUCGGUCUGAGGAGAAACCAUCUCAAGUCCACAUCCUCAUUCUUUCCUCCUGGCGUUCGGGAUCUUCUUUUGUUGGUCAACUUUUCAGCCAGCACCCCAAUGUCUUCUACCUGAUGGAGCCUGCAUGGCAUGUGUGGGUUACGAUGUACCAGAACAGUGCUAAGGUCUUGCACAUGGCAGUGCGGGACCUAGUCAGGUCGGUCUUUCUGUGUGACAUGUCUGUGUUUGAUGCUUACAUGCCUUGGAAAAGAAACUUAUCAGAUCUUUUCCAGUGGGCAGUGAGUCGGGCUCUGUGUUCAGCUCCUGCUUGUGACUCCUUUCAACGUACUGACAUAACCAGUGAAAUGGCAUGCAAGACUCUUUGUGGACGGUACCCAUUCAGCAAGGUGGAGGAAGCCUGUAAAACUUACAGCCAUGUUGUCAUCAAGGAGGUUCGAUUCUUUGACUUGAAGGUCCUCUACCCUCUUCUCACUGAUCCAUCCCUGAAUCUCAAAAUUAUUCACUUGGUCCGUGAUCCCAGGGCAGUCGUCAAGUCCCGGGAACAAUCGGUCAAAGCAUUAGCCCGUGACAAUGGAAUUGUUUUGAGUACCAAUGGCACUAACGUGGAAGACGGCAAAUACAAGGUAAUGCAAGAGAUUUGUAGAAGUCAUGUUCAGAUUUAUGAAACAGCUACUCUAAAACCACCUAAUUUCCUUAAAGAUCGCUAUUUAAUGAUCCGUUUUGAAGAUCUGGUAAGAGAUCCGUUGUCAGAAAUCUCAGAAAUGUAUAAAUUUGCAGAUCUUAGUUUGACCCCCACGCUCAAAAGCUGGAUCUAUAAUAUCACACAUGGACAGGGAUCAGGAAAAAAAAAAGAAGCCUUCAAAAUCACAUCUCGAGAUGCAGUUAGUGUUUCACAGGCCUGGAGAAAUGUUCUCUCCUUCCAGAAAAUUAAGAAAAUACAGGAAGUUUGCAAAGGUGCUAUAAACAUGCUCGGCUAUCAGCUGCUGGAUUCAGAAAAAGAACAAAAAGAUCUGUCAUUGGACUUAGUGUUGCCAAGACGACAAAAUCAAUUCAGUUGGUCAUCAUUUAAUGCAAAACACUGAGACAUUAUUUUUGAGAGAUCUGGGGGGUGGGUCGGGGGUGUGUAGGUGGCUGAGUAUUUGUCUACUGUGCAGCAUAUAGGUAAUUUGAAAAUCCUUGGGUGGAGAGUUUAACUUCUUCUGUCUGCUGUUUUACUGUAAUGGAAGGCAUUUUUUUCCCACAAGUUUCUUACACCACAAAACCAAAAAAAAGCAUCAGAAAUGCCGCGAGAUACUUGUCAGAUCGCAAAUUUACAACUGAGCUGUACUGUUCUCAAAUUGUUUUAAAAAUAUAAUUUAAAUACUAUUAAAAGAUGAAUUGUCAAAGAUGUCUUUGUUCAUUGAUAAUAGUUCACUUCUGUUUUCAUGCUUUAGAUAUUUAAGAAACUCGGUUCUUAAUUUGUAUUAUUGGAACAAUAAUAUCUAGCCAAGGUGUAAUAAUGACAAGGGAUAAUAGGAGUUGCACUUUUCUAAGGACGAUUCUUGGGCCAAAUUCUAACACAUUUUGCAAGUGUUGGGAAGUAGUACCCCUGAAAGCCAGAAGGUCAGUCUUUCUGAUGGGUGCUGGCUUCUUACCAUUGUGCCACCACCAAGCACAAACAACAGAUAUAUUUCUCCUAAACCCAUUCUCAGAGGCAGUUGUGAAAAUAAACCAUUUUCAGCCCAGCCUGAGAUAAGCACUUGAAAUGUUAGUCCAAAUUACUGUUUUGGAGACAAUGGUGGGAAGUGCCAAGCAACUUACAACCAGUGCAACCUAU